UGGCGCCGGCCCGUAGCUGUGCUGCCUCCCCGUCAGACGACGCAGCGAGGGAGAGAAAGAGGAGAAGACGAAGCGGGUAGAAACUCUCCCUGAACGUGUUUUAAAAACUCCUUUAAAACCAACACAACUUAACGCGCUCCGAGGGACCCGGCGGACGCUUUACGUGCAGCUUUUGGACACGUUUACGCGUCGGGUCUGUGCGCGUAACGGAGAGCCCACCUGUCCCGACGAAGGUAGAGUUCACUCCGUUUCUUUUAGGAUGUGAAUCUCCCAGAUUUUUGUGACUUAACGGUGCAGACAGACGGUGACCCUGGGUCAGAACUGGCUCUGGUAAAAAACAAAAAAAACAAAAAAAACAUGUGCAGCCUUCUGAGGAGCAGAAACACGGACUGAGUCUUUCCAGGGGAAGAAGAAAAAGCAACUUUUCCACUGUUCCACGCCGAGAGGAUGGAUGGAGAACAUUUUGCUCUGUCAGGAGUUGAGAGGGAGAGAGAGAAGCUUCCACCAAUUUACAGCAGCUCCACUCCUGCCGGUUUGGGGCGAGGAGCCAAGCAGCCGUUUCCGUCCCUGGGAACCUUCAUCUCCACGCUGAGCCAGAGGAGGGACGCAGGGGGGCGGGGCUUAGCCGGCAGCUUCACCCUGACCGGCAUGGCGGGGCUCCGACACGGGAGGGAGCUGCCUCCGAUCUGCAGCGACGUUCGUCAGAAGCAGCGGUUCUCCAUCGACACCCUGCCCCCGGAGGUGAAAGCCCCGUUCCCCUCGGACCCCGUCAUCCCCCUACGCACCAAGACCACCAAAGAGUUCCAGGAAGACGUGGAGCGUGCUGUCCAAACCGGCGACUGGAGGGAGGUCCGAGAGUUCUACCUGACCACCUUCGACUCCUUCAUAGAAAUCAACGCUGCCUUCAAGCGAGAGGCGAAUGGAUUGUUCAACACAAUAGAAGACUCGGGAGUCAACGCCAAGUUUGUCAACGCUGUUUAUGAUGCGCUGCUCAGCACACCUCAGGACAUCCAGAAGUCGGUGCUGAAAGGGAUCAUCAACAGCCUGCUGAGGGAGUGGAAAGGACCUCGGACAAAAGACGACCUGCGAGCCUAUUUCAUUCUCGUUCAGAACCCCCAGUAUUCCAGCACCAGCACCUACGUGAUCUACGCUCACCUGUUGAGGCAGAUCGCUGCUCUGUCUGAGGCCGACCUCCACUUCCUGGUUCACUGGCUCAAAAGGCUGUCAGCGAGGCGUUUCAGGCAGCUGGUAGAGCGCCUCCUGCAGUUCAUCUCCACCCGCCUGUUCCCUGCCGAACCUGACGAACUUCCUCCUCUGGCCAAGUGCUCCUGGUGGAUUCCUUCUGCCACCAAAGUGCUCAGCCUCUUCAAUGCAGCAAACAGCGUGUCCUCCCCUCCCAUCAUGCCUUUCACCGACUUCUACAACAUCACCCUUGAGCACAUUGAUUUCAUGGAGGAGUACAGGACCUGGCAGAACUACGGCAACUCAAAUCGGUUUUCUUUCUGUCAGUUUCCCUUCAUCCUGUCGACUGUGGUGAAGAAAGCCAUCAUCCAGAAAGACUCGGAGCAGCAGAUGAUCAGCCAGGCCAGGCAAAGCCUGGUCAGUAAGGUUUCUCGCAGGCAGAGAGUGGACAUGAACCUCCUGUUUCUCAACAUUAAAGUACGACGAGCUCAGCUCCUCAGCGACUCACUGGAUGAGUUGACGAGGAAGCGGUGCGACCUGAAGAAGAAGCUGCGGGUGACGUUUGUCGGGGAGGCGGGGCUGGACAUGGGCGGCCUGACGAAGGAGUGGUUCCUGCUGCUGGUCCGACAGAUCUUCCACACAGACUACGGAAUGUUCACCUACAUGAAGGACUCUCGCUGCCACUGGUUCAGCAGCUGGAAGUGUGACAACUAUUCAGAGUUCCAGUUGGUUGGGACUCUGAUGGGCUUAGCAGUUUACAACAGCAUCGCUCUGGACAUCCACUUCCCCCUCUACUGUUACAGGAAGCUCCUCACUCCACCUACUGUACCAUGUGACCAAAAUGCCCUCGUCGGCAUGGCGACCGCCACCCUGGACGACCUGCAGCAGAUCAUGCCGGAGCUGGCUCACGGUUUGGGAGAGCUGCUGAGCUACGAGGGAAACGUCGAGGAGGACUUCUACCUCACCUUCCAGGUUUUCCAGGAGGAAAUGGGUGUGGUCAGAUCCUUCAACCUGAAGCCUGGAGGGGACAGGAUUCCCGUCACCAAGCAGAAUAGGAAGGAGUAUGUCCAGCUUUACGUCGACUUCCUGCUGAACAAGUCCAUCUAUAAACAGUUUGCCGCCUUCUACCACGGCUUCCACAGUGUGUGUGCGUCCGACGCGCUCAUGCUGCUUCGUCCGGAGGAGGUGGAGAUGUUGGUGUGUGGGAGUCCCGAGCUCGACAUGAGCGCCCUGCAGAAAGCUGCUCAGUACGAGGGAUACAGCAGGACGGACACCCCUGUCCGGAGCUUCUGGGACGUGGUGCUGGCGUUCCCUCUGGAGCUGCAGAAGAAGCUGCUGCACUUCGCCACAGGAAGCGACCGCGUUCCCGUCGGAGGAAUGGCCGACCUCAACUUCAAAAUCUCCAAGAUCGACGUCCCGACAGACUGGCUGCCCAUCUCCCACACCUGCUUCAACCAGAUCUGUUUGCCUCCGUAUCGAACCAGGAAGGAGCUCAAACACAAACUCACCAUAGCCAUCUCCAACGCUGAGGGCUUUGGCCUGGAGUGACAGACUGUUAGCGAGGCGAGCUACGCGCCUGUCAAAACUAUCACAACAUGCCUUUUGAAUCUGCGUGGAUCAAACUGUCGAGGAAGCAAACGCCACGAUUCACACGAAGCUGGACUCCCCGUUUAUUUUCGUUUUUUAACUUCUUCAAUCUGCAGCAGAUACGACGGGAGCUUCGCCCAGAGACGCUACACAUGCUUUGAUUUGCACAGAAACGAAACAAAAAAAAAAAGAGGAGUUUUAGGAGAACAAUACUGUGCAGACGUUUUAAGCACUUUACAUGUUUCCCAGAGCUGCAGGUCAAUGACCCCAAACAUCCAGCUCAUCACCUCCCCUCAGCCACGACUCGGAGACGGAGACGGAGUCCUGCAGCAGAUAUUCUGAAACCUGAAAAAUGUCUUUAACUUAUCGAACUGCAACCGAGCUGUUUGCUCUCGGUGCCUAAAACAUCUGCACAGUCCUGUAGAAGUCACAUGUUUAUGAAAAAAAGAAAUAAGAAGAACUGAAAUGUCAAAUGUUUGUGGUCCCGCGCCGUCAGAAAUGAAUUAAAAGGAGGUAACUGGUUCGCUCAGGAAGUUUAAAUGACCAGGCUUAUUUAAACCUACGGAAGGUUAACGUGUCAGAUUUAAAUAUUUCAGAGGAGACUCGUCGUCGUUUUGAGAUGUAUGAAUUUAUUAUUCCCUGUCUUCUGUAAAUUUUAUUUGUUUGGACUUUGUGAAUAUAUUGUUGCAGCCCACUGUCGGGAUAGAAAGCUUUGCUGGGAGAAGAGCGCCGCCGCGGUGGUGUGUCGUGUGAUUGUGGAUUGUGUUGUAAUUGUCGACAUUGCCGCCUGUUUGACUGAACAGAGGCAGCAGCAGACGUGUUAACAUUUAGUUUUUUUUUUUUAAGUGUUGUUUAAUGAUGUUUGUCGACAGGUCAGUGCUGGUUCUGAUGGAAGGACAAACAGAACAAAUUCCACCAGCUGCAACAUAGAAAACUGUUUCUGACAGAGGAUAAGUUCCAGACUUUAACCUCCUGAGAACCGGCGUCCUCAUAUGGGGACAUUAUGUUAUAGCUUCUUAUUCUGCUUCAUUUAGACCUGUUGUCCUCAUAGGGGGACACUUGAAUCUGCCGUGUCCUGGUAGUGAAGGGUCCGUACACUUCUUUAUUUAUUCUCAUGAACUUUUCUAGUUUGAUGUGACAUGAAAAUUUAACAAACUCUCAAGUUUUUAUUCUUCUUUCCUUCUAAUCUCAAAUACCUGAAGAUAUUAGUCUUGUCUUGAAGGAGAUUCAUUGAGUCUCAGGAGGUUAAAGUGGAAAGAAAAGACUUGAUGAAACUACAGAGUUCUGUUGUGUGUUGGUGCGUGAGUUCAGCCUGAUGCAGAAAGUUCUGGUCUGGUAAGAUGCCGCGUGCAUGUCAUUAUUUUUUUUGGCCUCGUUGCUGCUGCUGUCUCAUUCCUCUGUGUCUUAUGUAACGUUGCCGUGGUAAAAAGUCGUGAAGACAAACUAGAGUAACCGAGCAACCGUGGAACAGCCUCCUCAGUCUAAUCUGGGUCACUCGUUCACUCUCAGAGCUCCUCACACCGUCCUUCAUCCCCUCAGAGCAGCAGCAGCGUCCUCCAUUCACAUCACGUCCUCGAACUGGGACUGAGACGGGGACUGAGAGGAAGUCGGAUAAUGUCUUGUUAAUGUUUUGUUGUUGUUUGUUUUUUAAGUGUUGACCCGGGUCUGUUGUGUGUGAAUGGGACCAAACUGUGUCAGGUUAUACAGUGGGACUGAAGCGUAAAGACCUUUGAGAUGUAAUUAUUUUCUUUCUUUUUUUUCUUGUGUGUUCGUUUUAAUUUAACAGUUGUUUUUGCCGGGAGCGGUCGAUGCGCGGCCCUCUCUCUGGAAGCUGUCCCGCUCUGCUGUCCUCCUCUGUAACGUCCUGUGUAUUUCCAGUAAAGGUUGACGAGGGCUCGUUCCUCCGCAGAGA